CCUGGAGCGACGAGUCGGUGGCAACAUGGCGAUGGGAUGUGAGAGGCGGCGGUGUCGCCGAGCAGCUGAGAGUUGCUUCCACCUGUCAGCCGCCGUGCCGGGCAGGGAGCGAGCACUGGCGCCGGUGCAGUAGAAGAAGUUGAAGAAGAAGAAGAAGCAGCAGCAGCAGCGCCCUCCUCGCCCACAUUCCGGUUAUUUCGCCUCUUAAUUAAGUGGCAGCGACACCGACUUUGGUGACUAUGUCUCUACUUUGUGUCCGAGUUAAGAAAGCCAGCCUCAGUGGACCUGCAGAUAAGUUUAACACUUAUGUGACACUGAAAGUACAGAAUGUGAAAAGCACAACGAUUGCUGUGAGAGGUGACCAGCCUGGUUGGGAGCAGGACUUCAUGUUUGAAAUCAAUCGGCUGGACCUUGGCUUGAUUGUGGAGGUGUGGAACAAAGGGCUAAUCUGGGACACGAUGGUGGGCAACGUCUGGAUACCACUGAAGUCCAUUCGGCAGUCUGAGGAGGAAGGACCAGGAGAAUGGACAAUUUUGGAUGCAGAGGUUUUAAUGAAGGACGAUGAGAUUUGUGGAACCAAAAGUCCAACACCACAUAAAAUCCUGUUAGACACCCGUUUUGAAUUGCCCUUUGAUAUCCCAGAAGAAGAAGCAAGAUAUUGGACUCAAAAACUUGAACAGUUGAAUGCCAUAAAGGAUCAUGAUGAGUAUUCAAUUGAUGAAGAAGCUGAGAACAAACCUUUGCCAACUGCUCCCUCCCAGUGUUCACUUGAAGAUCCAGACAGUGCUGUUGAUGAUAGGGAUAGUGAUUAUCGUAGUGAGACAAGCAACAGUAUUCCACCUCCUUACCACACCACCUCUCAGCCAAAUGCAUCUGUUCAUCAGUUCCCAGUUCAAUCACGAUUACAGCUCCAAGGUGGCUCAAGGGACCCCUACACUGACCUAAACUAUGACCUUGAUUACUGCGAUCGGAAAGAAAUGAGCCCAACAGGAAGUAGCAGAUAUGGCUCGUCAGGAAACCUCAGCCAAGGCAGCUCUCAACUUAGUGAACUUGACCGUGACAAUGAGAGCAUCCAUGGGUCUGAGGCAGAGGACAGGUGUGAUCGAGAGUCCUUUAAAGGCUCAGGAACUUUAAGGCCAAACACACAGGAAUGGCACAACAGCCACGAUGAAGAGCAGGAGAACUUGAGUGAAUGCGAGAAAGCUGAACUUUGUGAAGAUUUAGAAAAAGAUGAGAAAUUGAAUGAAGUUUUACCAGAAAUUCCCUGCGACAGUAUCUCCCAGCAGCUGGAGGUGAUUGCAAAACCACUUGACAGCUACAAUGAUGUAGAUGAAGCUCCCCCAUUCCCUCCUGCUCGAGCACGCUGGAUUCGAGCUAUCAACAAAGUUAGAAUGCAGAUCCGAGAGGCUGGGGGAGAUGAUCCAUCAAAACCGCCUUGGUUUAAAGGAGGGACUGGAGGUGGGCUGUUUGGUAUUGACAGCAUGCCAGACCUGCGGAAGAAAAAACCCAUUCCACUUGUUAGUGAUUUGGCCAUGUCGCUUGUGCAGUCGAGAAAGGCUGGCAUUACCUCAGCAAUGGCCACUCGAACCUCCCUAAAAGAUGAAGAGUUGAAAAACCAUGUGUACAAGAAGACUCUCCAAGCCUUAAUCUAUCCUAUUUCUUGCACCACACCACACAAUUUUGAGGUCUGGACAGCCACAACACCAACGUACUGCUACGAGUGUGAGGGUUUGCUGUGGGGUAUCGCUCGUCAGGGAAUGCGCUGCACUGAGUGUGGGGUAAAAUGCCAUGAAAAGUGCCAAGACUUAUUAAAUGCAGAUUGUUUACAACGAGCCGCAGAGAAGAGCUCUAAACAUGGGGCAGAAGAUCGGACACAAAACAUCAUUAUGGCGAUGAAAGACAGAAUGAAAAUCCGAGAACGCAACAAGCCAGAAAUCUUUGAGCUGAUCCGGGAUGUUUUUGGAGUGACCAAGGUGGCACAUGCACAACAGAUGAAGACAAUCAAACAGAGUGUACUUGAGGGAACAUCCAAGUGGUCAGCAAAGAUUACUAUAACAGUGGUGUGUGCACAGGGACUUCAAGCCAAGGAUAAAACUGGCUCCAGCGACCCAUAUGUCACUGUUCAGGUUGGCAAAACCAAGAAGCGAACAAAGACUAUCUACGGGAAUCUGAACCCUGUCUGGGAGGAGAAAUUUUAUUUUGAAUGCCACAAUUCUUCUGAUCGAAUCAAAGUACGGGUUUGGGAUGAGGAUGAUGAUAUUAAGUCACGUGUUAAACAAAGGCUAAAACGGGAAUCAGAUGAUUUUUUGGGUCAGACGAUCAUUGAGGUUCGAACACUAAGUGGAGAAAUGGAUGUCUGGUACAAUCUGGAGAAAAGAACAGAUAAAUCUGCAGUUUCAGGUGCUAUUCGACUGCAGAUCAGUGUUGAAAUCAAAGGUGAAGAGAAAGUCGCUCCUUAUCACAUCCAGUAUACCUGCCUGCAUGAAAAUCUUUUCCACUGUCUCACAGACCUUCUGAGUAAUGGUGUUGUGAAAAUACCAGAAGCUAAAGGAGACGACGCUUGGAAGGUUUACUUUGACGAGACCGCACAAGAAAUAGUGGAUGAGUUUGCCAUGCGUUAUGGCAUUGAAUCCAUUUAUCAGGCAAUGACGCAUUUUGCUUGUUUGUCUUCUAAAUACAUGUGCCCUGGAGUGCCAGCAGUAAUGAGUACCUUGUUAGCUAAUAUAAAUGCAUACUAUGCACACACCACUGCCUCUACCAACGUAUCUGCCUCUGAUCGCUUCGCUGCUUCAAACUUUGGGAAAGAAAGAUUUGUGAAGCUACUUGACCAGCUGCAUAACUCGCUUCGAAUUGAUCUGUCCAUGUAUAGGAACAAUUUCCCUGCCAGCAGCCCGGAGCGAUUACAAGAUCUGAAAUCCACAGUGGAUCUCCUGACCAGUAUAACCUUCUUUAGGAUGAAGGUGCAAGAGCUGCAGAGCCCACCUCGAGCCAGUCAAGUGGUAAAGGACUGUGUGAAAGCUUGCCUCAAUUCCACCUAUGAAUAUAUCUUCAACAACUGCCAUGAACUGUACAGUCGAGAAUAUCAGACUGAUCCAAACAAGAAGCAAGAUCUGCCUCCAGAGGAGCAAGGCCCCAGCAUCAAGAAUUUGGAUUUCUGGCCUAAACUUAUCACACUUAUUGUCUCCAUUAUUGAAGAGGAUAAGAAUUCUUAUACUCCAGUCCUUAACCAGUUUCCUCAGGAGUUAAAUGUAGGAAAGAUAAGUGCCGAAGUAAUGUGGAACCUCUUUGCACAGGACAUGAAAUAUGCGAUGGAAGAGCAUGAGAAGCAAAGACUGUGUAAAAGUGCGGACUACAUGAAUUUGCACUUCAAAGUGAAAUGGCUUUAUAAUGAAUAUGUCCAAGAUCUUCCAGCUAUCAAAGGCACUGUGCCUGAAUAUCCAUCAUGGUUUGAACAGUUUGUAAUGCAGUGGUUGGAUGAAAAUGAGGAGGUUUCACUGGAGUUCUUACAUGGAGCUCUUGAAAGAGAUAAAAAGGAUGGGUUUCAGCAAACCUCGGAGCAUGCUCUGUUCUCCUGCUCGGUGGUGGAUGUAUUCACACAAUUAAAUCAGAGCUUCGAGAUCAUCAAGAAACUCGAAUGUCCUGAUCCAGUUAUUGUUGCUCAUUACAUGAGAAGGUUUGCUAAGACAAUGGGCAAAGUGUUGCUGCAGUACGCUGACAUUAUCACCAAGAAUUUUCAGUCCUACUGCUCCAAGGAGACGCUGCCUUGCAUUCUGAUGAACAAUGUACAACAACUGAGAGUUCAGCUGGAGAAGAUGUUUGAAGCCAUGGGUGGGAAAGAGCUGGAUCCUGAGGCGAGUGGCACGUUAAAAGAGCUGCAAGUGAAAUUGAACAAUGUUCUGGAUGAACUCAGUGAUGUGUUUGGUGUUAGCUUCCAGCCUCGUCUUGAUGAAUGUGUGAAACAGAUGGGAGAUAUCCUGAGCCAGGUCAAAGGCACUGGAAAUGUACCGGCUACAGCUCGUAACAGUGUAGCUCAGGAUGCUGACAAUGUGCUUGGACCAUUAAUGGACUUCCUGGAUGGCAAUCUGACAUUAUUUGCUAAAGUCUGUGAAAAGACUGUGCUGAAGAGAGUUCUCAAGGAACUGUGGAAGAUUGUAGUUAACACAAUAGAAAAGACGAUUGUGUUGCCUCCCCUAAUUGAUCAAUCGGGUACACAGCUGAUUUUUACUGCUGCUAAAGAACUGGGGCAGUUGUCUAAGCUGAAGGAUCACAUGGUCCGGGAAGAAGCGAGAAGCCUUACACCGAAGCAGUGUGCCAUCAUGGACCUGGCACUGGAUACAAUUAAGCAAUACUUCCACGCUGGUGGAAAUGGGCUGAAAAAAGCUUUCCUGGAGAAGAGUCCAGACCUUCAAUCUCUGCGAUAUGCACUCUCGCUCUACACUCAGACCACAGACACCCUCAUCAAAACAUUCGUUCAAUCUCAAACUGCUCAGGUGCAUGGUGGAAAGGGUAUUAGGUUUACGGCUAAUGAGGACGUUCUUCCUGACAAGGGCUCUGGUGUGGAUGAUCCAGUGGGUGAAGUAUCAAUACAGAUUGAUCUUUUCACACAUCCAGGAACUGGAGAGCAUAAGGUCACUGUGAAAGUGGUAGCUGCUAAUGACCUGAAAUGGCACACGACUGGCAUGUUUCGACCGUUUGUGGAGGUCACCAUGAUUGGACCACAUCUUAGCGACAAGAAAAGGAAAUUUACUACCAAGUCAAAAAGCAACAACUGGGCUCCAAAGUACAAUGAAACCUUUCACUUUAUAUUGGGCAAUGAGGAUGGGCCAGAUACAUAUGAACUUCAGGUCUGCGUGAAGGAUUACUGUUUUGCAAGAGAAGAUCGUAUUAUUGGGAUUUCUUUAAUGCAGCUACGAGAUAUUGCAGACAAAGGCAGCUGUGCUUGCUGGUGCCCACUAGGCCGCAGAAUCCACAUGGAUGAGACGGGACUCACCGUUCUUCGAAUUCUUUCACAGAGAACCAACGACGAAGUCGCCAAAGAGUUUGUCAAACUGAAAUCUGAGUCUCGAUCUGUUGAAGAGGGCAGUUGAAUUACAAUACCAUAUAAAAUUAUUCGAACAUUCUUUAUUUCAGCGACAUUAGUCACUGCAUUUAGUUUUGUUUUCUAAUUUAUACCUCGUGCCAAUAUGUGCAAGUGUUCAACAAAUUCACUUUGUAAACGGGCCCCUAUUUUGUCUUUGUUAAUAAGCAUGUAUUGUAUACCAAUCAAAGGAUAGAUCUUUAUGUGAAUAUUUAUUUACAAGUCAUAGAAAAUUAAAAUAAUGUUUAGAUGGGGAAAAAGUUUAUUGCUUAAAAUAGGAUGCUUACAUUAAUGUAAAUAAAUAAUUUUAUGAUCUGGACUCGAGACCUGAGUCCUACAAUAUCUUUUUCACUGUAAUUGAGCACUGUGAUACCAUCCUUCAGAGUGAGAUGUGCAACUGGGAAAAUGGUACAAAUUUCUUACUCUAGUGCCUAGUGCCUCAGUUCUUCGUCUCUCUCCCAUAGGAUUGCCAAAGGAUGUCUUUACACUGUUGUAGAUAAAGUCAUACAUUCCAAUUAUAAGAUGAAAUAUAUGUACACUAAGAUGUUUUUGCUAAGUGUACAUUUCUAUGUACAGCUAGAUUCCUGUACAGGAGAAAUUUGUGCUUACUUUCCUCUAGCUAUACCAACGUCCAGCCUGAAACUCCCUAUAGUUGCAUUGCUGCUUUGUGAAACAAAUUGAUGUAGUUUUAGUGUGAGGUUUUUAGUUUGGAUUUUUUUAUUUAAAAAAGCAGUGUCUCUUUGUCAAAAUAUGCACUAGUUUUUUAAAUAGUUUUGUGCUGCAAUAAGUAAAUAAGGGUAAGAAAGAAAUGUUGACUAAAUGUUUACUGUCCACUAUUUUCUGGUUAGAUUUCUGCUAAGUGUGUGUAACAGCUCAACUAAAUUUGUUAAUCUGGUAUCAUUCAGUGUCUUAAAUGACUUCCAGAAACUUUCAGCUAUAUGGAAUUACAACCUUUGGUGCUGAAAAGAUCGGUGGUAAGAAUUUGAAAAAUCAUGAUAGAAUGCGCACGUUUAUACUACUUUGCAGUGCAGGAUCUGGUGCUCUGCGUUAGCUCCCAACUGUGCUUCAAACCCAUGACAAAUCCAUUGCUAAAAACGACUUUUACUGUCACCCUAACACUAUCCUUUCCACUUUAUUGCUGACAACUUCAUUUUCGUCUGUCACACUGAGGUUAGACUUCUUUGAAAAGAAGUCCUCCAAGUUUUUACCAGCUUUCCCAGCUCUGCCCUCAAUAAGCUCCCAAACAUCAUCCAAAUCUGUGCAACCUUUGUACUCUCCUGCACUAUGCGAUACACACCCAUUAAUCCCAUCCUCGCCAUUCCUCUCUAAUGACUCCCAGUACUCCAGAGGAUUAAUUUUCCUUCAGAUCCUUUCACAAUCUUGCCCUUCCUUACAAAAUGCAGCCAGAAUCAGAGCAGGGGAUAUAGAUAGGUUCUGUUCUUUCUGUGCCUCCACUUCUCCAAUUCUGGUCUGUUGCUUGUUCCUACCAUUGGAGGUUGAGCCUUUUGCCAUGAUGUCCCUGCCCUCCAGAACUCUCUUCAAAAACCUCUUUGCCUAGCUGCCUCUCUGCUGCCUUUCAAGCCAAGCCUAAAAUAUGACUGAACUUUUGGUCAACAUCCUUAAUUCUCCCUUCCUCUCUAUCAUAUUUUUGAAACAUUUUGAGAUGUUUAUUUUAAGUGAAAGGCGUAACAGAACAAGUUAAGGCAAGUGUAAUUGCUCUCUUAUUGAACUUCAGGCAGGAGUGCAUGAUAUGCUGGCCUUGCAUUUUUAAUGAUUUUUCAAAUUACUUGUGUAUAAAAUAAUUUAAGUCCAACUCACAUGCAUGAUUUUGGUAUGAUUUCAUACAGGAAAGAUUUCUAUUAUGCAUAUAAUCUCUUACACAUGUUAGCUGGGCAUUACUUAUUUCUGAAACAAUGAAUUUUGGAAUUGUUGGUAUUUUACGUGCCAUAUUUCAAAAUAAAAAAAUCACAAACUAUAAUAAACUCUCUUGGCAAAGCACACAAUUUUUUUUACUGUAGAUAAUUCAUAAAUGCUUAAGUUAUUUUCUCUAAAUCUAUUUGAUUGAUGUGUGACUCCAUCCUAAGGUUCACAAUUCCAUAGGAAUUUGGAGUAGGGGACGGCCAUUGAGCCCACCAAGUCUGGAUUGUCACAGACCACUUCUUGGCAUUACCCACACCUCUCCCACUUCCCUGAUUUCUUGUUGUAUCUUUAACAUUUCUACUUUCAGUGUAUCAAUCUCUUCCUUGAACCGAGGCAGGUUAAUUGAUAAAAACUAAUCUGGACUUUGCACUUUGCUCUCUGACAUGCCGAGUACUCUUAUAUUAUCAGUUCCUGUUUUCCUCAUCAUUGAACUUUGUUUUGUGUGUGAAGAAUGUGAAUCAGAGCAGUUGCACAGUGAUUGAAAAUGCCAUGUUAGGAAUUCUGCUCUUUUGUUCAUUUUUUCUCAAUGCUCUGUAAUAUUCAAUUGUGUAGUCUCAACACUUAUUUUCAAGCAUUUUUAUUCCAGAAUUUUGAUCUUGAAAUAUUUUUUCCUAUUGUAGAUUGAGAAUUAAUGAGUUUGUAUUUUUAGUGUAAUACACUGUUUACUGCAUAUAGAAUUUCCUGGUAAUUAAGUCCAAAAUAUUUAUUGAUAAAUUUGAAGUAACUGUUAUAAUUUUUAAUUGUUAAAUAUGAAUAUUUGUGACACAGCUGAUCAGGAAAAAAAUCAACCAUGACAUUAGCAGGAUAUUAAAGUAACCCAAGCCAACUCA